AUGGCCUUCGGCAAAUACAAGUUUGCUACUGUCAAACUCAUAGAUACGUUGUGGGACAUCUUGGUAGGAAGAGGACUUCAAAUCGUGCUGAUGAUUGGCGCAUUGAAUGUAUACAACAUGGCUCUUUUGAGAGCCAUGGAGAACUACACGGCGUCCUACGAUGUUUUCCUGGAAACCAGAAUCAGACAGAAUACCUUUUCUAUCUGUUAUGCUCUGGUGUAUGAGCUGUGUAGAAACGGGAAAAAGCACCACCAGCCACGACACGUCAAAGGUAUACUGGCCGCAAUCCUUGUAACUACUGCCUACAUUGGAAUUUGGCCGACCCUCACCGGCGCAAUGUCUGGGUAUACGCCUGUUUUUAGAGUCAUGAUGGCGGCGUGUGAUGAUUCUGCAAUUCCAGUCGACCAUUAUUCAAGCUCGAGGGUGAUUUACGAUGGAAAUAGGAUCGAGAUACCGAAAGGCGACGACGGGCAAGGUGGAACGAGCCUAUGGAGAGACACGGUCCUCACCCUCUCAACUGAGGGCUCGGCAGGUUGGACGGUAUCCACAUCGAUUUACAACUGUGGAGAUGGCUCCCAGAUUUUGAUCCUCCCAAGUCGCGUCAACGUUGACAUUACCACAUAUAUGAGGUUGUAUUACGUUGACAGCCGGUAUCCCAACAAUGGGACCGAUGUGCCAUCCAUGCUCAACAUCAACGGUCAAUAUGUGCAUAUCGAAGCACCGUUACUCAACAUCAGCACACAAGUAUACGAAUAUAACGGUAAAGCCUACGAUGCGGGCUAUCGGAGCCUCAACCAGGUCUGCCAGCCUACGAACGAAUAUCAAUGGGGCUUUUCAUACUAUAUCGCACUUGUAUGGUCUAUUUGCAACUUGUUGUUCCUAUCUCUUUUAUAUGGCCUGUGGCUAGACGCUUGGAGAAACAGCCGGGUGGUUCAAGGAAGAAAGAAGAAUGGUACAUAUCGAGCUCUACUUGAUCUGGGGUGUGCACUGCAGGACGAGAUUGGGAAGGACAGCGCUGCGAAUGACACGGAGAAGGAGCUGGAAGUGAAGCUGUCCAAAGCCAUAGGUGGGCUGUUGGUACCACAACAUGAAGAGAAGGUAGUUGGAAGCUUGUAUGAGGUUCCUCGGAGUGAGAGUGGAUCCGAGCAAUGUGCAUGUGAUGAUGGGGAGAGACGUAGUGCAGAGGAGCGGUCGAAAGAGCAGAAGAGGAAAACGGCACAACACUUCAUCAUAGAAGCAUAA